GGACUUUUGGUUUGGUUGGUUUGUUUGUUUUCGGCUCAUGUUUCUUUUUUGGAGCUAGAAUAAAUUACAAUAAUUCGUCCCUUCCAUUUAUACUAAAUAAAUAAUAUCCUAAAAAGUUUUAUUUUAGAUUUAGCUUUAGUCACUAACAGUGUUUUUAUUGUGGUUUUUAUGCUCAGUGGUAUAUAAGUUGCACAUAAUUUACCUACUUUCUGUCGUGAUAUCAGACAGAUUAGACAAAUAAAAACCCUGACUCAUUUAGGACUCAUUCAAAUUGAAUUUAUCGCUGUAUAGAGAGACCUACACCGCUAAAUAAGAAACUAACACAAUGGCUGAUGAAGUGUUGCUAGAGAAAUAUUCCCACCCGUUCCACGAACUAUUUCGAAUUAGCAGUGGGGCUAUGAGAUUUAAGUUAAAGGGACAGGAGGCAAAUAUUUGGCUCACAGCAAGGGAAGUACCCUCAAAGGAACUAUUCCAGAUAACUAUUGCUGGACCAGUAUGCCAAAUAAGGAAUCUGCGUAGCAACGAACAAGCAAAAGUUCAUUUUCAUGAUAAUAUUAUCAAUAAUGUAGAUUUUACAGAAUUCUGGAUUUCAUGUUUUCAUCAUAAAGUCCGCUUUGGUUUUGCCAGAGAGCAUUUACCAUUAUUACUAGAAUUAUUUUAUGAAGAUAACGAUAAUUUUGCAUAUGAAGUUGGCUACAUCAAAUUUAACACUCCAAAUACUAGAUUUUCAAAUAUAGCAUGGCUAAUUGAAGCACCUCCGGCCCUAAACAUUUCACCACUGCCUCUACGAAAAGGUUUCGAGGGAAAUGUGUAUUGGCAGGACAUGUAUAUUCAAAAAUUACCUCUAGAUGCUAUAAUUGGUGGAUUUGAAAAUGAACCUUCCUACAUUAUUAGAACAAACCUCAAUCGGUCUCUGUGUCCAGGCAGAUACCUUCUGUCCAAACAUAUUGCUUUAUUACCUUGGGGUGGUCGAGAGCAUCGGAGACAGCGAGAUUUUCAGAUUCUAUGCGGCUUUGGGGUUGAGUGGGUGAAAACUAAAGGUAAUGAUAUUCCACAAAAUGCAUUUGUUGCCGGUUAUUCUGAAGUGCUAAAUGAACCUCUAUACAUUGGACGGGCAAUGUACGACGGAAACCUGUUGACUGGAAAAGUACAUGCAUUGUAUAAGUUAUGCUACCUUCCUUAUAAGGGCAGAGAGAUUGAAGUGCAUUCGUAUGAGAUAUUAGUGCUGGUAGAUGGUAAGCGUCAUACUAUUUAUGAUGAAGAUAAUGAAGAUAAUUUAUAAUUUUAUUUUAGUCUGUGUUAUUUUCUUCUGUGUUUAAAUUAUAUGACAAUCAGUGCAAAUAGUUAUACUAAAUCUACAAUUAAAUUAAACAAAUAUUUUAAUACA